CCCAAUCGAAUUUUGGAUUGGUCUCAUUUUUGGUUGCGAUUUAUUUAUUAGUAAAAAAUAAUAAUAAAAGGUCAUAAUUGUGUCGUCGGAAUAUCAAAGCUGCAGUCUUCAACCAAAUCCGUUUUCUCCAGCAGAUUCAUAGUUUCUCUAUCUACAGUGAUCGAUUUUUGCCCUAAAUGAAUCCAUGAUUUGGAGAUCGCAUUAGAGUAGAGCUGUUGGCUUCCACUAAAUUGUGUAGAGAGGAGCCUCGUUUGAAUCACCUUCAACAUGGCCUCCAGUAGCCAGAAUGGAAUUCAACUCUUGCUAGCUGCAGAACAAGAGGCUCAGCACAUUGUCAAUGCUGCUCGAACUGCCAAACAAGCCAGACUUAAACAGGCAAAAGAGGAGGCCGAGAAGGAAAUUGCUGAAUUCCGUGCUCAAAUGGAGGCUGAAUAUCAAAGUAAAGUCGCUGAGAGCAGUGGAGACUCGGGUGCUAAUGUGAAGCGCCUUGAAGCAGAAACGGAUGGAAAGAUCCACCACCUGAAGGAAGAAGCUUCCAGAAUCUCCCCUGAUGUUGUCUCCAUGCUUCUGAGGCAAGUGACUACAGUAAAGAACUAGGUCUUGGUUGAGCUGCGGCUACGUUGUCCUGUGCUGACCCUGAUACCGCGGAAUAUAUGUUGGUUCGACUUGUUAUUUGCUAUUGUUUUAUUUGGUGUUCCUCAAUCUGAUUCCUUGUUAUCGAAUAAAGCCGCGAGAGUUUGUGUAUAUUUUGUUGUUGAGAAUCAACUCUGUAACUCACCUUCAAAAUUUGUGCACUUGACUUCCUUUCCCUUGAGGUAUUUCAAGCUUCAUGCUAAAUUAUUAUGAGUAAAUAGAUAUUUGAAA